GCCUAUAUGAAAAAUAGGAAAACACCCCACAGACACCUUCUCCUCCCUACUUGGACCUCUCUCUCUCUCUCUCUAAAAUCUGCAACUCGAAGAAGAAAUCUCUGCGAUUCGUGCAGCUGUCUGCACCAUGAACAUGUUCAGUAAGAAACCCACGGCCAAAGAGGCUCUUCGGGAGAGCAAGAGAGAAAUGGCUAAUGCUACUAGAGGGAUAGAGAAGGAAAUUGGAGCAUUGCAGUUAGAAGAAAAGAAGCUUGUCGCUGAGAUAAAGAGAACAGCUAAAACCGGAAACGAGGGAGCAACUAAAAUACUAGCCAGGCAGCUAGUCAGGCUUAGGCAACAGAUAGCUAACUUACAAGGAAGUCGAGCUCAAAUGAGAGGAAUAGCAACUCAUACGCAGGCAAUGCAUGCUCAGUCCUCAGUUGCUGUUGGCAUGAAAGGUGCUAGUAAGGCAAUGGCAGCUAUGAAUAAGCAAAUGGCUCCCGCAAAGCAAGCAAAGGUGAUACGCGAGUUUCAGAAGCAAUCUGCGCAGAUGGAUAUGACUACUGAAAUGAUGUCCGAUGCCAUAGAUGAUGCCUUGGAUAAUGAUGAGGCGGAAGAGGAAACUGACGAGCUGACAGAUCAGGUGCUGGAUGAAAUUGGCGUUGAUGUCGCCUCGCAGCUUUCAGCAGCUCCCAAAGGAAAAAUUGCAUCAAAGAACGCUGAGGGUGUUAGCAGUUCCAGCGUUGCUGAUCUUGAGAAAAGAUUGGCAGCUCUUAGAAAUCCAUGAGCCGAGGAUUGGAAAUUAGAGAGUCUCUUUCUUUCCUUUUUUCUUUUCUUUCCCAGAGUCGAAUAUUGACUUCGUGCAAGGAUUCACAUUGUAAAUAUUUUGUUAGUGAUGUUGUCCUCAGCGAUCAUCCAUUUCAGCGUCGCUGCAUACAUAGAAGCUAAGGGUUAUACGCUCUAUGACUUUGAAAGUGCGACGAUGCUAAUGUAUGAAUUUCUUCUUCUAUCAUGAACGGAGGACAGAUUUUUGAAUUUACUGGACCGGACAGUUUCGAACUUU